AUGGACAAAAAACCCCAAAGAAAAGGCAUUCCUGCCAUUACGGGUGAAAUAGACGAGUCCAAGGCUAUCAGAGUGUUCCCAGAAGCACUCCUGCCUUAUCGUUCAACGGUAUUGGCCUAUGGAACAUCCCUCGUUGCUACGACCAUAGGUUUUCCAUUCGAUACGGUCAAAACUCGAAUUCAAACCUACAAGAAGUUUACGUCGUACCUGGAUUGCAUUGUGAAAACGUAUAAGGCCGAGGGAAUACGAGGGUUUUAUCGAGGAAUCACUGCUCCACUCAUAUCGACGGCAUUUGUCAGAUCGCUCAGUGUUUCUAUUUUCACUGGAGUCAAGCCUUACUGCUACGACGCUUUGUAUGGUUGGAGGGACGGAUCGCAACCGGAUUUACAUCCUUUUGUCACGAAUUUCCCUGUGUGCUUCUUAGCUGGUGCACUUGCUGGAUGUGGAGUAUCGGUGUUUGCAUGUCCGUUUGAGUUCACAAAGGUCUACUCCCAAAUUGCAUCUUUGGCGCAGCUGCUGGCCAAUAAAGCCAUGGCAGGAAACUCUAUUGGUGGAAAUGUUGCCAAACCUGCUUUUAAUCCACAUCUGUCACUUGCUCAGGUGGUCAGAAACAUCAUUAAGAGUGAAGGUCCUAAAGGUCUCUAUUCAGGCUACAAAUACCAUUUACUUCGAGACUUGCUUGGCUCUGGUGUCUAUUUUGCCGUUUAUGAGUCCUUCAAGUGGGCUUCCAACAGCUUGAUCAAUGGAGAUCCGGCCAUGUCAUCGCCUGUGUCUAUUCUUCUUGCUGGUGGAAUGUCUGGUGUGACUUGUUGGGCCAUCAUCUUUCCAUUCGACACUGUCAAGUUGCGCAUCCAGAAAGACAUUGUCACCAACAUCUUGCGGACAAAUCAGGGCCUCGAGCCUUUACCUCCAAAAGAACACAAGUUGGUGUUUGCUCGCCAUGUAUAUAGGGGUGUGGGCAUGUCCAUGACCCGGUCAUUUGUUGUAAAUAUGGUGUUCUUCAGCACAUACGAGUUUGGCAUGAAACAUCUCAUUUAA